GCCGCUGGAGAGGAGGCGCGCCGCCGUCCGCCCGCCUUGUCCUCCACUGCUCCCUGCGCCCGGCCGGGGCCCGGGCCCCGGUCGCCUCGUCGCGCUCGGCCCCGAGGGCAUGCGGCAGCCGCAGGGGUCCCCGCUCACGGGCUCGGUGGCGGGCGAGCGUGAGCGGAUGUUCAGUCCUUCUCCACAAUGAAUGAGUGUUACUAUGAUAAGCGGAUGGACUUUUUUUACAAUAGGAGCAACACAGACACUGCCGAUGAAUGGACAGGAACGAAGCUUGUAAUUGUUUUGUGUGUUGGAACAUUUUUCUGCCUGUUUAUUUUUUUUUCGAAUUCUCUAGUCAUCGCAGCAGUGAUCAAAAACAGAAAGUUUCAUUUCCCCUUCUACUACCUGUUGGCUAACCUAGCUGCUGCGGAUUUCUUUGCUGGAAUUGCCUAUGUAUUCCUGAUGUUUAACACUGGCCCUGUUUCAAAAACUUUGACGGUCAACCGCUGGUUUCUCCGCCAGGGGCUCCUGGACACUAGCUUGACCGCCUCUCUAACCAAUUUGUUGGUUAUUGCUGUGGAGAGGCACAUGUCAAUCAUGAGGAUGCGGAUCCAUAGCAACCUGACGAAAAAGAGGGUGACGCUGCUCAUUUUGUUUAUCUGGGCCAUCGCUAUCUUUAUGGGGGCGGUCCCCACACUGGGCUGGAAUUGCCUGUGUGACAUCUCUGCCUGCUCUUCCCUGGCCCCCAUUUACAGCAGGAGUUACCUCAUUUUCUGGACUGUGUCCAACCUUGUGGCCUUCUUCAUCAUGGUUGUGGUGUACCUGCGGAUCUACGUGUAUGUCAAGAGGAAAACCAACGUUUUGUCUCCACAUACAAGUGGGUCCAUCAGCCGCCGGAGGACACCCAUGAAGCUGAUGAAGACGGUGAUGACUGUCUUAGGGGCCUUCGUUGUGUGCUGGACCCCGGGCCUAGUAGUUCUGCUGCUCGACGGCCUGAACUGCACACGGUGUGGCGUGCAGCACGUGAAAAGGUGGUUCCUGCUGCUGGCGCUGCUCAACUCCGUCAUGAACCCCAUCAUCUACUCCUACAAGGACGAGGACAUGUACAGCACCAUGAAGAAGAUGAUCUGCUGCUUCUCUCAGGAGAAGAACCCAGACAGACGUCCCUCCCGCAUCCCCUCCACCAUCCUCAGCAGGAGCGACCCGGGCAGCCAGUAUAAGGAAGACAGUGCCAGCCAAGGCACGGUCUGCAACCAGAACAGUUCCUAAGCUGCGGGUGUCCUCCGCCCACCAGGGCCUCCUCUGGGAAAGGAGCUGUGAAGAAUGGCUACCUGUCUCCAACAACGCCCACCUACAGUGUUAUUUCAGGUCUAAAUUAAUCGCUGGUGGAUUUUUAAAAAAAUUAUUUUACAUAGUUUCAAAGCAUGGGCAGUAAAGAGGGGACACAAUGCAUUUGGAGAAAAUGCACAACAGAGGGAAGACCACACAGUGGGACCCUCAGGGAUGUCCUCGGAACCGCUCGGAGCACCAUUCUGGGCCCUGCUGCCAUCCUGUAGCCAUUCUCUUUGUGUUUUAAAAGGAUGUUGUUGAUAAAGGGCGUAGGCCAAGAUAAAUAAUAAUGUUACUUGAGCCACUUGAUAAAGCUGCUUGGGAAGCCUGUGUAGUUCUUUCUGCAUGCAUUUAAAAUUUUGAAAAUGGCUUCAGCUAUGAUAUUUGUUUCCUCAAAGAAACCAUGGCCAGUAGCUAGGUGUUCAAUAGGAAUCUCAGAAUAACAAAUCAGUAAGGGCUCUAGGUUUGACUUGAUUUUUAAAACUAAAAGAACAUUCUGAGGAAGAAGAUUGAGUUAAUAACAAAAAAAGGUAAAUGUUAGAAACUUCUCUUGAAGCAGAAAAAAAGGCCUUGAUGUGGUCGUCUAAGUGUGCAUGGGAUGUGUAUACACACCUGUAUGUUUAUACAUUUCUAGUUUGUAUUUAAAGACCUCAAGGACAGUGAUGGUGAAAUAAAUUCACUGGCCAUCUAGACUGUUCAGUCUAGGACUAUAGCUGUAGAAAUGACCUGUUGUGCUCUAAAAGAAGAGAAAGAGGUGAUUCAUUUGCAAACAGACAUACAGACAUAUGGCAGAGUAAAAGGUAUAUUGAUAAGUUGGCUGAAUUCCUUUCACAUAGGAUCAAAUAUGAGCUUGACUUGAGUCCUUAUUAUCAGUUACCUCCAUACCACUGGUGGCUUGUCAGACUUAGUAUGUGGAAUAAUUUUCACGUUUCAUAUUUUGCCCACAGUUAGCGACAUAUUUCUGGUACUUGUCUUACUUCUGGACUGAAUUUUGAUCUGAGUUCAAUUUUAAAAUUUUCUCCUUCAAAGAACUAAGUAAGCAACAUGAAAGGCAAGUCAUUAAAAAAACAGUGUCAUACACAUAGGCUACUGACCAGAGUUUUUUAUGUAAAUCAUUUAGAAUAUAUUCUGAUUUUAAAAUAAGAAUAACUUCAAGGCAGUUAUUAUAGUAUUUAUGUAGUUUGCAAAAGAAGUUUACAUUUUUUUGCUAUUGUGAUAUAACAUUUAUGUGCGAGAACUACUUGUAAUAAAAGGAUUUGAGAAGUCAUGCUUUUUAGAUGUAAUGGCCUAAAAUAGAGAGUAUUAUGAUUGGAAGGUGUAGAUUUCACAAACUCCACAUAGUAAGUGGUUCUAUCUGAAGCUUUAUCAAAGCUACCAAUAAAAUAAUUUGUUCUCUCUU